AAAAGAGGAAUCAACACCGGGUCAUCUUUUAGCCAACCCCCUGUCUCUAACACUCUCCAAAAAUCUUCCUCCUGUUUGCUCUCUCUCUGUAGUUUUCUUAAUUCUUCCUUUCUCUUGUUUCUUUUUGUUUUCCUCUAUAUUCUUAUAUACCAGCAUAAUGGCAAAUAGGCAAAAUAAAAGUAAGCCAACUCAGGUCCCCGAGGAUGUGCCUGAAAACUCAGAACAAGCAGAAAAACCAGAGGAGGAGGAAGGGGAAGAGAAGAAGAAAAAGCAGGAGGACUUACCUCCCUUUGAGAUAGUUGAGGGGAGUCGCAUACCUGCCUCUUCCUUCAUGUUCCAGUUUAAGAAUGUGGAGUACAGUUCAGGACGCAACAAGACUUUGUUAUGCUACACUAUUGAACGUGGCGAGGGGCAGGCUUUUAGUGGAUAUCUUGAAGAUGAGCAUGCUUCUUCGCACGUUGAAGAGGCCUUCUUUACUACUGUCCUGCCGCAGUUUCUUACAGCUGGCCCAGUCAUUGUCACUUGUUAUAUUUCCUCAAGUCCAUGUGUGCCCUGUGCAGCCUGCAUUGCUCAAACCCUUCGUAAAAACAAGACUCUGCAGCUACGAUUAGUCUUUGCUCGUAUUUUCCAGUGGGAGGAAUCAGAAAUCCGAGGAGCUUUGAAAGGUCUUCGUUCAGCAGGUUGCGCUAUCAAAAUGAUGAGAGGGGCAGAUUAUUUGCAUGUGUGGAAACUUUUCGUUGAGCCUGACAUCAACCUAGACGAAGAAGGAAAACCUGAAGAAAAGGAUGAACAAGGAGAAUUUAUUCCAUGGGAGGAUUUAGAGGAAAACUCAAGGUAUUAUGAGGAGAAGCUGGCAGAGAUUCUGAGAUGAGAAAGACAUGCACUGUUGGAUGGAAGACCAGGAUAAGAAUUGGGAUUGUCAUGUUACUUUUAGAACAACUUCAUUAUGGGUGCUGCUUAAUCCACUGUAUGCCGCUUGCUUUAUGCAUUAUGUCCUUCUGUGGGUUGAUUUAUCAAAAGAUAAGUUUUUCUGCAUAAUUAAGUUUAUAUUUUAAGAUUUAACAUAAAAUACAGAGUAUAAAAAAGAUGUCAAAUUUAGCUUCCAAUGAGAAAUAAGGAAAGACACACGUUCAUUUUAGCAGCAUUAACUACUUCCUGGUGACGAGCAAGAUGCAUCCAUAUUCCCAUGAUCUAUUUUGUAACAUUACACAGAUUUUGGAGCACCUUUAUAUUGUCUACUAAUAAAUGACAAAGCAAAACAUA